CCCUCGCCCUUUUCCCUCCAUCUCCCAACAAAAACCCUUCUUCGCGCCUCCGUCCCUUUCUCACUCACUCAAUCAAUCCAAUGGCCAUGGCGACCAACUCCACUGAAGAUCCGACGCGUUCAGCUCCUUCGCCAUCUCCGUUCCACUUCCAGCUCCUUCAUUCUCAGUUCCGUGCUCCGAAUCCAAACAUCGCCGCCUCUCCUUUCCCUCCUUCUCCCAAUCGAAUCUUCGCUUCCCCUCUCCUUCCUUCCGGCGAAGGCGGCGUCACUCGCAACUGCGGCAGCCUUCUCGCACCUCCCCCGACGGCGGCGACGAUUCUCCAAUCGCCUAAUUCGCAUCCUGCUCUCUCCUUUAACUAUAACAACACGAGUGAGGAAGGUAAUUUCAAGUUACAGAAUGGAGGAGUUGUGAAAGUCCCUAAUUGCUGGAAUGCUGAUGUUCCCAUCAAGGGGAAGCAGCAUAGCAAGGGGAAGGUCACAAAACAAAACAAGUCAGCGGGGAAGAAGUCUAACCCAGAGUCUGUUGAUGGUCAGAGCCCAACCAGUGGUUGUCGAUAUGACAGUUCUUUAGGUUUGUUAACGAAGAAGUUCGUGAAAUUGAUCCAGGAAGCCAAGGAUGGCACCCUUGAUCUCAACAAGACAGCAGAAGUUCUGGAGGUUCAGAAGAGAAGGAUAUAUGAUAUCACAAAUGUUCUGGAAGGAAUAGGGUUGAUAGAGAAAACUUCUAAAAACCAUAUACGGUGGAAGGGUUUGUCUGAUGGUUCUGGGACGCAGGAGUUCAAUUGUGAUGUCAACAUAUUAAAGGCUGAAGUUGAUAGUCUUCGUUCCGAAGAAUGCAGGCUUGAUGAAGCCAUAAGGGAAAGGGAAGAAAGUUUAAGACGCCUACAAGCAGAGAAAAACAAUCAGAAGCAUCUCUUUCUGACAGAGCAAGAUAUUGUCAGCAUUCCCCAAUUCCAGAAUAGUACCUUGAUGACAAUCAAAGCCCCUACUGCUAGUAAUCUCGAAGUUCCUGAUCCUGACGGUGACGAAGCCUUGGGUUCCCGCCAACACAGAAUGAUCAUUAGGAGUGUCACAGGACCAAUUGAUUUGUAUCUAUUGAGCAAGUACAAUCACCAAGCGAAGGAUGUGGUGGAAAUGGACACAUGCGAUGAUGCUGGACAUAGUUCCAUCAAUUCUCCAAACGACUCUACUUCUUCAUCUUACACUCCUGGGAUUCAGAGGAUCGUACCUUCUUAUGAUGAUAAUUACGAUGACUACUGGCUUCGAUCGAAUAAUGAAGCUGGUCUCUCUCAGUUAUGGCGUGACUGAGUAGUCAAUGUAACAGUGUUAGAGACUCAUGUUGUGACUCCUAUAUGGUAAUUUGCCAUCCUGAGGAGUUUGAUCUAGCUAGAUAUAUGAAUUACGAGCAAUGCAACAAUGUCUGAAGAGGUAUUUCUUUUGUAGUUUAGGUAGCUACUUUCCGGGAAACUAAGUGUAAAUAGCUAGUUCAGUUAGGGUUGACGCUGAUCACAGGGCUUAAAAAAUAACCGAACCCUGAUUUCAACAAUUAAGGGUUCAUAGGAAUUCGUUCAAAUAUUUGGCCAUAUAAUAAAUUUCUUCUAUUUGUUGCAUUUCCAAUAAUUAUGUUCCUUUUAU